UACUCCGUGAAUAUCUCGAGAUAUUUUUAAUUUCUUUUGAAACCCAAAUUAUGAUUUUGAUACAUUUUAGAUAUCGAAGAAAAAUGAAUAACUAUGAUAAAAAAAAAAUGAAUAACUUGGACAUGAAAAGUUUAGCAUGGCACCAUGGUCAUCAGCUUUCCACGUGUCCACGAUCCACGCACAACACAUGGACAAAUGUGGUCAACGCAAGCCAUGUGGCAAGCCACGUAAACGCGCGCGCCAACGUUUCAAUAUUCUGAUGAUGAAUGUUUCUCUUCUCAUCUCAUCAAUAUCAAUAUAUAAUACACACCAAUUACCAUACGGUAAUAAAACAAAGAAAUAUGGCCUUCUUAAUGAUGAAGAAAAUUGUUCCAAUUGUUUUCGCGUCAAGGAAAAUGACAAGGCCUUCAUUUUUUCUACAAACUACAUUUAAAGCAAAUCCUAUCUCGGCCACGGCGGGUUCAUCCUCCGGCAAACCUCCGCCGGAGUUCCCCGCGGCGCCACCCCCGGAUAUGCCCACCGAGUCAUCUGAGGUUCCUCAAGCCCCCAGCGUGCCUGACUAUGACCGGACUCCACCAGAGAUGCCUUCCGGUCCACCGCCGCCUCAGCCGAAGACCGACGAGUCAACCCGAGACGAUGACCCUUAUUCGCCCGGUCCGGUUUUGCCUAAUCCUCAUCAAAGCCAGACUAGUAGGGUGGUUCAACCCCAUGGGGCUGAAGUCAAGACUCCCAUCUUGCCAGAGCUCACUCACUUUUUGGGUUUAAGGACAUCUCUCUCGGAUUGAGUUUUGUUUGUGUCAUAGAUCAC